AUGGAGCUUGAAUUCCCUGCGCCUCAAGUCCUGGAGUCUAAUGUCCCCUUGGUUAGGCACACCAUGCUUUACAAACUGAACACGUCGUGUGCCACAAUCAAAUCAUUCAAUUUGACUCCAAAAAGUUUCAUCACUGAAUUUCUCACCUAUGAUGAGAUGGGACUGGCUUCAAAGCGCCGACUGUGGGCCUCGCGCACAGGUUGGCCUUCAACCAAAAAGUUGCUAAUAUCGAUCAAGAAUCUAGUUUGCAAAGACGUGGAGGGUCGUGAAUUUUGGGAAGAAUUUAUAUUCUUGGGACAGGCCAGCAAUAUUGUGAUUUCAGAGGUCCCACGCAGAGGGGCUUACCCUCAUGGUUCCUAUGUCAACUCACAACAUCUUAAAUCCAGCUUUUUUACUGAUGAGGAACGAGUUGCAAGAAACAAGGACCUAACAAACUCUAUGCCGUUCCUAUAUAAAUUACUGAAAAACAAGCUGCGGGUGAACGAAGAACUCCCAGAUGAAGAGGGGGAUCUUGUUGACGAAGAUUGCGGUCUACCGGACCAGUUUGCGGACGAGCUAGCCCCUCUAGUGCCCACCGAUGAAGAAGAAGAAGAAGAAGUUAUCAAUGAGAGUGACAAGACCACGGCGCCAAAAGAAAGAAUCAACCUCACUGAGACCGAUGUCAACGAGUAUGAAGGGGUAUCUCUGGCAAAAAGCUCAGAUCCUGCUGUCCGAAAGGCUCUACGGGCCCAAACUGUGGGUCUCAAAUCUUGA